CCCGUAUAUUAGAUUCCACCAAUCAUUUGACUGCAGCAAUCUGCAUUCGCGCCCUGCUUUCUGUGAAGAUUUUGAAGUGAAUUGAAGACUAGUACUGAGGCCAAGGGCUGAGACAGUAGGAUCAGCUAGACAUCUUCUAUGUCGAUAUCAUACCCACGUCAUGGAGCUAGAUUCGAGAGUUGAUGCUCGGGAUGAAUUAGCGAUUGUAGCUAGUGAGAAUAAGAAUGAAAUUAUUAAGGGAAACAGAUUGAACCGGAGAUCCAGGUCAAGAAGCAUAGACGUAGAUGUGAGGGAAGACGACCUGUUUGAGGGGAAUGAAGGAACGUCGGUGGCCUGCUCUCUGAUUGCUAUCUCGAGUGACAAGGGAGUAGAAACCGCUGCGGCCGUACAGAAGAAAUAUUGCUGUCUUGAACAACCAACGUCUGAUAGACAUAGCGACUGUAGCUCGAUGGCUGAUGAACUAGCUUGUAAGACUGCUGCUCUCCUUAAACGUGGGCCCCAGUCUGGGGAAUGGAAGAAAAGGAAAACCAAAAGACUUAAUCCUCAUCCCAUUGUUACUAAGAGUGGCAGAGUUGUGAAGAAAACAUCUUUAGUUGAAAUGGAUGAGGAAAUUGAAGAUCAAAUUGCAAGUCAGCCACGUCGCAAGAGAAAAGGUUUAGCUUCGAAUCCUCCUACAGAUGAAGUUGACAAACAAAAAGUGAAUGAAGACAUACUGGAGGGACAGGAUAUUGGACCUCCUGUCAAGCGGUAUUUCCGGUCUGGAGUUUACAGCGAGAGCAAAGAGCCAACAAAGAGCAUUAGUGUACAAGAUGACUCUGAAACCUCUGACGCUUCACCACCGUCAUAUGAACCUUCAGCUAAGAAAGCAAAAUUCAAGCUGAAAUGGCCUCAGCCAGUCUUCUUUGGUGACUUUUUCAUGCAUCAAGAUCGUCAUUUUCAGUUGCCAUUUAAUAUUUGGUGGCUACUAAGCUGUAGUAAGCUUAGGGUGAGGACUGUUGGUGCAGGUGACGAGUCAUCUGAGUUUGAGUAUGAUCCUCCAAUUGCAUUCAGAGAAAUACGAAACAAUAUUUUUGUUGAUAUCAAAUGUCCGCCUAUUGUUGAGCAUUCAAUUUGUGAAUGUAAAGCACCAAGUGAGCCUGGAGAGAUGGGAUGCGGAGAUGACUGCUUAAACAAGAUGAUUCUCACUGAGUGUAGUCUCAAGCACUGUCCUUGUGGCGAUAAAUGUUCAAACAUGCACUUUCAGAAACAUGACUGGGUUCAGAACUUGAAAAAGUUUAGAACUAAGGAAAGAGGUUAUGGAGUUUUGACAACAGUUGCCUUGAAAAUGCAUCAAUUUAUCAUUGAAUACUGCGGAGAAGUUAUCAGUGAGAAACAAUACUGUGCUCGUGUACUAAAGAAGUACAAACGACAACGCCAUCACUAUUGUCUUAGUCUUGAAGGUGGAGUUAUUAUUGAUGGGCACAACAUGGGCAGUAAAGCAAGGUUUGUAAACCAUAGCUGUGAACCAAACUGCGAGAUGCAGAAGUGGUCAGUAAAUGGAGUAGACCGAAUGGGUUUAUUUGCACUAAGAGACAUAGCAGCUGAGGAGGAGCUGACAUAUGACUACAACUUUGAUCCAUUAGACAAUGAACCACAGAAAUGUUUAUGUAAAUCUGCUAAAUGCCGAGGAUACAUUGGCUCCAGGAACGGUCGGUCAAAAAGAAGUGUGCUGUUGGGAAGAGAGUUUAUUUUUCGCAACCCUUGUCGAGGGCGUAAGAUAAAACUGCAUACGGAGACAAAGACAAGCAAGAAUAGUCUAGACAAGGAUGAUGCCAAAGAAAAUAAAGGAAAUCGUACUCAUGGGGUUAAACGUAAGCAUGCUGAUGCUGAGAAACAGGCGUUUGCCAAACAACUUGCAAGUGUGAGGCAUUCAGUGUCAGACCGAGUUGUACCUCCCACGUUAGCGUACAAGCCAAUGUCACUUAGAGAAAGGAACUUUGUUAUCGAACAUCACAUUUUCUCUUUGAAGAGUCUUAUUCAAACUGUUGAAAACUUUGAGUCUGUGUUGAAAGAACUGAAAAGAGUUGAAGUUCAUAGGCGUUUAACAAGUUCGUAUGUUCGACGAGGUGGCCGUUCUCAACCGUUUCCAGUAGUUGCUUCUGAUGAAUCUGAUAGCAGCAGAGCAGAAAUUCAACAGCAGAUUGUGAAUAUUUGUAGUCGAAUUUUUCGCCAUGAAGAUGAAAAGAAAGAGAAUUUGGCAACGUUUUUGAAGAGAAUCACAGCAAACUACAAGGCAUCUGCUCACAAUGGCUUGCAGCCAUCAAUUGAUCUGACUACAGUUGAAACUAGACUUCUUUCUGGGGAAUACACAGAGUUGCAUGAUUUUGGUGCUGACUUUGAGCUUGCUCUCCAGACAGCUGUGGAUUGUUCAGACAGUUGUUCUAAGGCCAAGGUGAUGAAAUAUGUCAAUGAAUUGAGUUUGCUGUACAGAAAGAUGAGAAGGGACAAUGAAAGUAAACUGACUUUUACUGCUAAUGGGACUGUUUUGGAUGAACAGGACAGUGAAAUACUCAGUGCAGAUGAUGAUGCAGUGGACACAUGUGAAAUGGCUAUUAUUCGUUGUAUUUGUGAGAUGCCAUUGGAUGAAGGUUUCAUGGUUCAAUGUGAUCGAUGCCGAGUGUGGCAGCAUGGAGACUGUAUGGGCUACCACCCACGCGAAGAGCAGAAAAAUGCUGUGUAUUACUGUGAAAAAUGCAGUUAUAGGAAUGUAGAUAGGAACAUUAUUGAAAGACCGCAACCGCAAGGUGGAGUCCCUGGAUGCACCUACUACUUGACGUUCUGGCACAAUAGCAGUCUUGUGAAGAAAGGAGGAUGUGCAUACACAUCUCGUGAUCAUAAUAUGAGUUGGCAAAAUGGCAAAAAGAGAUCUUGCAAUAGAACACUCGGGUUAAAGCACAAAGACCAACUGGACGUAUUCCGGGUGUUAGGCUUGUGGCAAGAUGAGAAACAUGAGCGGUUUGUAUUUGGUUUUCAUUAUUUCCGCCCUCAUGAAGUUUCUCAUUCAGCUGGCAAACGCUUCUAUCAGAAUGAAGUCAUUCAGACGUCACUGUAUGAGAUAAUUCCACUUGAAGCCGUUGUAGCACCUUGUGUUGUCAUGGAUGUGUAUUCCUAUGCAAGAGGUCGUCCAAUCGAUGUGAAUGAAAAGGAUGUGUAUGUAUGCGAGUUGGCAUGUGUCAAGUCUGAACCAAGACUGAAGAAAAUUCCUCGUCGUCAAGUGAAGUUUCCGUUUCCCACUAAUCCGGGGUGCUACCAGAGGUUUAGUCAACUCAUGAAACUCCACAGGACAGUUCUGGCAGACGCAAGUGAAAUCAAGCUCUUAGAUGCCAAAAAGAAGCAAAGCUCACCGAAACGGGGUCAAAUUCAACGUAGUCCGAACCAGAAAGCACAGUCUGCGAAGCGGAGGGCUGCCUAUCAAGAGAAAAAAGUGUACGGUCGAGGUGAAAGAGUGAACGACAUUGCACUGAAGCUGACCGAGAAAGUCCAAAGAAAACAAUUCCUUAUAAGAGGGAAGUCAGCAAGACGUUCAAUGGACAUGGACAUUAGGACUGAGCAUGAGAUUUCAGCAGCUGGAUUGCAAACCAGCUGAUUUAGUUUAGCUAUUUAGUUUAGCUAUUUCUAGGGCGUGGAUGAGUGAGUAGGUUUUGAGCUUCUAAAUGUCUGGAUUUCGUUACUCGUAUCUGUUAGUGUGGACUGUGAUGUGCAGCAUGCAACAGAUUUGGCGAGUGUUGACAUUGUAAACGUUUUCAAUAUGAUAUUUAUUGAUGCGGG